CCAUUUCGAAUUACAUUUAUUCAGUACCUUUAAGAAUAUCGACAUUAUCUUGCAGCCAAUGUGGAAGAUCACCAAAGCUGCAAGUGAGGGAUUUGCUGUUACCUGACCAUAUUACUGAAAAGAA